GGCGUGUCGAACGCACAACUUUGUGGCGUUCUUCCGCUUGGCUCGCCAGGCCACCUACCUGCAGGCGUGCCUCAUGCACGCGCACUUCAGCAAGAUGCGUUCCAGGGCACUGGCAGCGGUGUAUGCGUCAAUCGCCAAGGGCCAGCAGCUGCCAGCCCUCACACUCGCACACUGGCUCGGCAUGGAGCAAGAGCCAGAGAAGCUGCAGGCACUGGUGGAGCACCACGGCUUGGCGCUGCACCCCUCAGACGCCCCCACAGAUGCCACCUACCCAGAUACAACCUCCCCCGCAGCCGCCCUGCUGGCCGGGAGCUGCCUGGUGAAGGGCGCACCCCUGGUGCAGGCUGGGACGCCCAUGCCUCCUUCCUCCUCUGCUCUUGUGAGGAGCAAGCAGAGCCGGUUUAUCGAUGAUGUCAUUGCUGAGGUCAGCGGUGGGGCGGGAGGAGGAGGAGGAGGAGGGGAGGAGAAGGGUGGCGGGCAGAUGGAGAGGCAGCAGCGGGCAGAGGAGCAGAGGAGGAGACAGGAAGCGUGGCUGCAGAAGCAGCAGCAGCAACGACUGCAGCAGCAGCAGUUGCAGCAGCAGAAAUUGAUGAUGGAGCAGAGGCAAAGGGAAGAGCAGAUAAAGGCAAUGGAAGAGAAGCAGAGAGUGUUAGAGAGGGAGAUGGAGCGGGAGAGGGAGCGAGUGAGGGAGCUUGAAAGGAGAGCUGCACUCCAGGCGCAGGCGAAGAGGCAGGAGGAGGAGAGGAGGGCGAGGGAAGAGGAGGAGAGGCAGCAGAGGGAGGCAGAAGCAGUGGAGAGGGAAAGGAGGGAAAAGGAAAGGGAGGAGCAGGUGAGGCAAGAGAGAAGAAGGAAAGAGAUGGAGAUGAGGGAGAGGAUUCUGAAGGAGAGAGCGCGGGUGGAGAGGGAGAAGAGGGAAGCGGAGCAGAGGGAGAGAGAGAGGCAGGAGAGCAAGAAGAGGGAGCAGGAGAGGAAAGAGAGGGAGAGGCAGGAGCGGGAGGAGGCACAGAGGCAGAGGAGGGCGAGGGAGGAGGAGGAGAGGGAGCGGGCAGCGUUGGAAGAGGCGGGGCGGAAGGCGAGGGGUGUGUGGCUGCGGCGUGUUGUGAGGAGGUGGAGGCAGAACGCUGCUCAGAUGGGGCAGCUGAGACGGCUGCGCCAGCUGGCAGUCAGUGAUUGGCAGCUGGAGGGGUCGAUUGCUUCGCAGCCGACUGUGGUAGCAUCCAAGCAAGCCCCGCACAAGCGGUUGCGGGGAGCAGCAACGUGGGGCGCACCAGCUCUGAGCAAGGCAGAGUCCAACAGAGGGGGCGCUACAGCAGAUAGCCGGUUUGCCGUAGCAGCACCCAGUGCCAGUGGCCCCAGGUUCCUGCAUCCACCUGCUCCUUGGGGACGAACAGGCUUCGCUGCUCCUACUGCCUUUGCUGUUCAUAGUGCAUUCGCUGCGCCCUCUCCUCUGGACGUGGCACGGCUGGUGGGCGGUAGACUUGUUGCCACACGAGUGCCAUCGAGAAGCGCUGGCCCGCUGCUGACUGCGCGCCGAGUGGUUUCGUGGAAGCUUCUUGUGUGCUGGCCGGAGCGCGAGUUGCAGGUGUGUUCAUGUGGAAUGUGUAUCGAUGCCAGGCCUCCUGUCCUGUUUCGCUCUGUGCCUCGUGCAUCUCGUGCAAUCCAUGUGUUGCAGGAAACGCCAUCACCACUCCAUGAUGCCACACAUUGGCUCUGCAGCAGCCUCUCCGCCCCCUCCCACGCCCUCAACGCCCUCCAGCACCGAACAGCACCGCACAGCACACCUCACGGCAGCUCAUCCGCCUCUCAGCCCUCUGACCCAUCGCUGCUUUCCUGCUACGUGGCUCCCAUGCCGCACUGCACUGCAGCAGGGGAGGCAGCAUCCGAGCUGCCAGGUGGAAUUUCAGGUGCUGCUUCAGGUGAAAAGGCACAAGCAGGGAGGGUAGGCUCAGCAUCCGGCUCGCUUUUCUGGCUCGUGGUGAGACGGAUCUCUGCGGAGGUGCAGGCAAGAGACGGUGGAAGGUUCCUGGAAGGGGCUCAGGCGAUGGUGUGUGUUGUGGAUGGCAGCAGCAACACAGAGCCCCAGGUGCAGCGCAUCAUACAGACAGUGGCGUUGCUCCCGACCUCCCUCGCCCCUAUCCCCCUGCUGCUCCUCGUCCUGCCUCCCCACCCACCACCACCACAACCAUCGGCCACAGCAUCAACACCAGCAGCAUCCGUAUCCCUCUCUACAGGCCCCUGCGCCCCUGUGCCUGUCCCCUCCUCCUUCGCAUCCCUCACCCUCUCCCAUUUCCAACCCUCCUCCACCCGUCCACCAGCCCCCCAGUCAGCUCCACCACCCUCUCAGUCCUCAUCCUCCCCAGCCCCACGCCUCUCUGCUCUCCGCAUCCUCCCUCUCGGCCGAUCUAACCCCCCUCCACCUCAUGACGUCACCUCUCCUGAUUGGCCCGCCAAGAUCGCCCUGACAAGUGGACUGCGUUGGUUGGCUGAUUCCUCCCUGCUGCCACCUCAGCUUGCACCGCUCCCCCUCAGCGAUCUCGUGCUGCGUCACCUGUCGCCACGUGUCACGCGGCUGUUGGCCGUGGACCCCUCACUGGUGCGACCACAGGAGUGCAUCACUGAGUUCAACGCCAGCCUGGACAGCGCAGCCAGUGACAUCGCGACAGCUGUCGCGGCCUCGCCCCCUGCCAGUGGAAACCCGCUGCCUGAACUCCCUGCGUUGCUGCAGCUGCUGGGGGGUCGUAAGGGGGAAAGGCAAGGGGAACGCACAGGAGAAAGCAGGGGCGGUGAGAUGGGAGAGAGCAGAAGCAAGGCAGACAGGGCAGCAGCUGGACUUGAGGCCUCAAUUUUAUCCUCUUUCCUGCCUCCCACCGACUGGAACAGCCCUUCUAGCACCUCCCACCUCACCACCGCCCUCUCAUCAGAACCAGUGGCAGUGCGUGGGUGGGUGGUGCUGCUGCAACGAGUGCAGCAAGCGAGGCUCCCCCAUCCACCCGCACACGCUGCUCCCAUCAACCAACCGCUCCCACACUCCCACCUGCUUCCAGCCUCACACCACGUGCUCCUUUCUCUCUCCCGCACCAAUCACGAGCUUUCUGCACCCAUCCUGCCUGUGCCAUCCCAAUCACAACACAGCCUUGCCCAACAUCCACCACUUCCUCUUUACAAGCCCGGCUCGGGUUCUGUUUAUAAGCCUGCCACUCAGCACGGGUGGGAGCGUGGAAAUCAAGUGAAGCGCAAGGCACCGGCAAGUGCAUGGAGUGCUGGGUAUGGCGGUGGUGGGCGUGUGGGCCGUGAGAGUGGGAGAGAGGGUGAUGAAAGAGGAGAGGGUGAGGACAGGGGAGACGUGGAAAGAAAAGGAAUUGAGAGAGGAUGGGUGGAGAGUGAAGGGAAAGGGAGAGCGGAGCAUUGGUUCGGCCCGGGAGGCAGGAGGCAGCAGCUGAGGCUGGCAGAGUCUGAUGGUCUGGUAGCCAAUGAGAUGCUGCCACGUGGCAUUGUGCGAGCUGCUGAUGUGGUUGCUGCAAGUGGUGUUGGUGAGGUUUUUCCACCGGCUGAAGAAGCGGCCAGAUUGGGCAGCCGAGUUGGUGAUGCGGGUGAUAGGCAUGCAAGCGGCAUUGCUGUGGGUCUCGGUGAUGGUGGUGGUGAUAAGGCAGAAGGGUUGCUGAGUGCAGGUGCAAACGAGCGAAGGGUGAGAGAGAUGGUGGAGGAACUGAUGAAAAGGAGACAGGUGACAGCAUGA